AUGGAAGUAUUUGAUUCGCGACCUCGAGGGGUGGUGGAGUUCUUGGCAUGGGACAUGAAUCGAGGAGAACGUGGACGCCCCUCCUACCCUCCGUGUGCGCUACAACUUCUGGAUCACCUGCUACCCAGUGGCCCACUGGAGCUAUUAGACCUGGGCGCGGGCACUGGGAAGUGGACCAUGGAGCUGUUGAAGUACCUCCACACUUCCACCGCUGAGGUGGUGAUCCACGCGGUCGAGCCCAGCGACGGCUUCCGCCAGCGGCUCCAGCAGAACCUCUCCACGCGCGGCCGCGCGGCAGCGGAGCGCCCUCCGAACCUGCGCGUGGAGGUGUGCGAAGGAGAUGCCCAGAGCUUACAGAGCUUCGGGGCCAAGCGGAUGGACGGGGUCUUUGUCGCAACGGCCUUCCAUUGGUUUGCCACACCAGAGGUGCUGGAGAGCAUCUAUCAGGUGCUCAAAGAUGCUGGCUGGCUUUAUUUGAUUUGGAAUGUACCUCUCUACUAUGAUUUGCCACAAGAUAGAGCACACUAUGACCUCAAAGAGCAUGAGGCACUAUUUCUGACUGCAUUGAAGAAGGAGGUGGUCAAUAUCUACCAUGAUCAAAGUACCAUGGAAGUGAAGGACUACAACUAUAAGGCCGCGGGCACACGAAUGACUUUGGCAAAUUUGGCCAUGCGAAUCGGCCGCUCGGUGGUAACCAGGCGUCACGAAGCGUGGGAUCUGGCCAGUGCACCGGAGCCGCUGCAGAGAGCCGGCCCGGUGCCGUUGGAGGAAUGGGCGACAGUUUGUUCCAGCUACCUUUCACCGGUGAUCUCGGUCACGGCCAUGGGAUGCGGCUCACCCAAGCCUGCUCAGCCCAGUCAAGCUGACCACAUACAGAGGGCGCUGGAUCAGGCGAUGCGGAUGCACCAGGAUCCGCAGAUUCAAGCGCAACUGGCCCACGCCCAGCAGCAGACGCAGCAGAUGCUGACGAACCCCCAGCUUCAGGCGCAACUGGCGCAAGCUCAGCAGCAGAUGCUGGCCGACCCACAGGCGGAGAAAGAACAAUUCCCUGUGCUCGUCACCGACAUCCUCGACAUGUCGCCGUCGGCCACUUCUGGGGAGCAGUAGAGACUCACAGGCCGCGACAAUGACAAUGACAGUUGACGAUACAUUCUCUUUGAGUAAGAGGAGGCCCCCAAAACACCUCACAAUGAUCAUAAAAAGCUGGGUAUGUAGAAGUGACAUGUGGCUUUUUCAAGCCACAUGUCACCCCUGGCUUUCGAUCGUGUGGUGCUGGGUCUGUUCCCCAAUGGCUGGAGUGGAGUCACAUCGCCUUCAACGAGGAACCCAGCUGGCCACGAAUGGAUCUUCGGCUCCCUGAGACUUGGGCAAAGAGCUCCAGUUGACUGACUGGUGCGACGAAAGUAGGG